AUGGCAACCCUCAAUGCACAAGAAGGUCAAUCGGUGGUAAGACCUCCUUUCUUUGAUGGUAAUGACUUCUUGUAUUGGAAAAAUAGGAUGUAUUAUUUCCUUAAAUCAGAAGGGAUUGACUUGUGGGAUGUUGUAAAAAAUGGGCCAUUCACUCCAACUAAAAUUGUAGAUGGUGUGCAUAUAGCUAAGCCUAAGGGUGAAUGGAGUGAGCAAGAAAAAAGAAGAGUGGCUUUAAAUGAUAAGGCUAUUCAUGUUCUAUUUUGUGCAUUAAGUAGAAGUGAAUAUAAUAAAGUGUGUAUGAAGUCUACUGCAAAAUUAAUUUGGGAUGCCUUGGUGGUUACUUAUGAGGGUACUAGUCAAGUAAAGGAGAAUAAGAUGGAUUCCCUUAUCUAUCAAUAUGAAUUAUUCAAGAUGAAGUCGGAUGAAACCAUAAGUGAGAUGAAUUAUAGAUUUGUAGAGAUUAUAGGAGGAAUUAAAUCCCUUGGAAAGACAUUCACAAAUGAGGAGUUAGUAAAGAAGAUUUUAAAAAGUCUUCCUAAGGAGUGGCUACCCAAAGUAACUUCACUAAAGGAUUCCAAGGACUUGAGCAAGGUUCAACUUGAUGAGCUCUUAGGAAAUCUCAUUGACUAUGAGAUGACCCUCAAAAGAGAGCAAGUGGUGGAAUAUAACAAAGCCAAAAAGGCCAUUGCCUUUAAAAUAUCUUCUGAAAACUCAAGUGAUGAAGAUGAUGAGUUUGAUGAGGAAGAAUUGGCUCUAGUGACAAGGAGAAUAAGGAAGAUGCUCUUCCAAAACAAGAAGUUCAUCCCAAAUAGGAUAUUCAAGAAGGACAAGGGUGAAAGUAGCAAGAGGGAUCCUCCCAUAUGCUUUGAAUGCAACAAGUCGGGUCACAUUAGAACAGAUUGUCCCAAAUUGAAGAACCCAUUUAAGAAGUUCAAGAAGAAGGCACUUAAAUCAACAUGGGAUGAAUCAAGUGACUCCAAAGAUGAGGAGAUUGGUGAUCAAGUUGCCCAAAUGUGCUUCAUGGCAAUGGAGGAAAGCUCUAAUGAGAAAAACAAGCUCUUGAAAAAGGAAGUGGUUUGUUUGAGGAAAGAAAAUAAGACCUUAACUAAGGAUGAUAAACCUUUAAAGGAUGAUAUGCAAAAAUCCUUAGAUGACCUCUCAUUAGAAAAUGAGAAGAUGAGUGAUAACAAAAUAUUGUUUAUUGGUGAAAGAAUUGAAAAUAUUUAUGUUAUCGAUUUGCAUGCUUUGUCUAACAAAGAUGUCAAGUGCUUUGUUUCUAUUAGUGAUGACUCUUGGGCUUGGCAUAGAAAGUUUGCACAUGCUAGCAUGGACCUUAUUGCAAACUUGAACAAGGAUGAGCUAGUUGAUGGGCUACCAAAGAUUAAGUUUCAAAAGGAUAAAGUGUGUAAUGCAUGCUAA